AUGAUUGCAUCCCAGUUUCUCUCUGCUCUCAUUUGUGUGCUUCUCAUUAAAGAGAGUGGAGCCUGGUCUUACAACGCCUCCACGGAAAACAUGACUUACGAUGAGGCCAGUGCGUACUGUCAGCAGAAGUACACACACUUGGUCGCGAUUCAAAACAAAGACGAGAUCGCCCACCUGAACUCCAUAUUGAGCUACUCACCAAGUUACUACUGGAUCGGAAUCAGAAAAGUCAAUAACGUGUGGAUCUGGGUGGGAACCCAGAAACCUCUGACGGAAGAAGCCAAGAACUGGGCUCCAGGUGAACCCAACAAUAAGCAGAACAAUGAGGACUGCGUGGAAAUCUACAUCAAGAGAGACAAAGACACCGGCAUGUGGAAUGACGAGAGAUGCAGCAAGAAGAAGCUGGCUCUGUGCUACACAGCUGCCUGCACCGAUACCUCCUGCAGCGGCCAUGGUGAGUGCAUGGAGACCAUCAAUAACUACACCUGCAAAUGCCACCCCGGCUUCAGCGGACUCAAGUGUGAGCAAGUUGUGACUUGUGAAGCUCAGAGAGACCCUGAGCACGGACGCCUGGUUUGUAGCCACCCAUUUGGGAACUUCAGCUACAAUUCUUCUUGCCGGGUCAGCUGUGAAAGGGGCUACCUGCCGAGCAGCGCGGAGCCCACGCAGUGCACGUCCUCCGGGGAAUGGACUCAUCCUCCCCCAGUCUGCAGGGUGGUCGAGUGUGAUGCUUUGACAAAGCCUGACAGUGGGGUCAUGGACUGCUUGCCCGGUCUGGACAGCUUGCCUUGGAACACAACCUGUACAUUUGGCUGUGAGGAAGGAUUUGAACUCAUGGGCGCCCGGAGCCUUCAGUGUACCUCAUCUGGGACCUGGGACAACGAGAGGCCCACGUGUAAAGCUGUGACGUGCAGCGCCCUCCACCAGCUUCAGAAUGGCUCUGUGAACUGCAGCUCUUCCAGCGCAGGGAAGUUUGCCUUCAAGUCAUCCUGCGACUUUACCUGUGACGAAGGCUUCACGCUGCAGGGGCCGGCCCAGAUUGAAUGCACAGCGCAAGGGCAUUGGACGCAGCAAGCCCCCGUUUGUGAAGCUCUCCAGUGCAGACCCUUGUCUAGCCCAGACAGAGGCUACAUGAAUUGUCUUCCCCGUGCUUCUGGAAGUUUCCAAAGCGGAUCCAGCUGCGAGUUUUCCUGUGGGCAGGGAUUUGUGUUGAAAGGAUCCAAAAGGCUCCAGUGUGGCCCCACAGGCGAGUGGGACAGUGAGAAACCCACUUGCGAAGCUGUGAAAUGUGAGGCUGUCCACUCACCCCCACGGGGCCGGGUGAGGUAUACCCAUUCCCCUACUGGUGAAUUCACCUACAAGUCCAUCUGUGCCUUCAGCUGUGAUGAAGGCUUUGAAUUACAUGGAUCAGCUCAACUUGAAUGCACCUCUCAGGGACAGUGGACAGAGGAGGUCCCCUCCUGCCAAGUGGUUCAAUGUUCAAGCCUGGCAGUUCUUGGAAAGGUCAAUAUGAGCUGCAGUGGGGAGCCUGUGUUUGGCACCGUGUGCAAAUUUGCAUGUCCUGAAGGGUGGACCCUCAACGGCUCUGCGGCUCUGACGUGUGGCGCCACAGGACACUGGUCUGGGGUGCUGCCUACCUGUGAAGCUUCCCCUGAGUCCAACAAUCCCUUGAUAAUUGGACUUUCUGUUACUGGAGCAUCCAUCAUGACACUGACAUCAUUUCUCCUCUUGCUUCUGAAAUACUUGCGGAAGAAAGUCAAGAAAUUUGUUCCUUCAAGCAGCUGCCAAAGUCUUGAAUCAGAUGGAAGCUACCAGACGCCUUCUGACCUCAUUUAAGUUCAAGAGAAUCAGGAACACAAGUGCAUCCAGAC